AUGUUCCUGUGGGUGCCCUGGGCCUGGUGUGGUGUGGUGGAGGACUUUGACCAUGUGGAGCACUGUAAGGACUAUAUGUACAUGGGCAUACCACCACGGGGCUACCUGGCGGGCAGCAACCUGAAGAAGAUCUGCCAGAUCCUGGAGGACAACCCCCGAUUCGUCACCCUCUAUGACCCCCGCAGACACAUGCCCCUCUACUCUGCCUACACCUUCAAACGGUCUGACGGUGAGAAGAGCAUGGACCAGCCCUGGAUGUACGAACCACAGCUGGCCUCCAGUAAAUCCAGCAGUAAUAUGGAGGUCUACCCACAGCCGGCUCAGAUGCACAUGCGUCUCAUGGAGAGUCAGGCGGUGCUGGAGGACUUUACAGACGUGCCCCAGUAUGUGCGUGGCCAACUGAACCCAGACCAGCACCAGUUGGAGCCUCUCGACAAGGCAGCCACCUACACCCUGUCCAACGUGGUGCCUCAGAUCAGAGAGUUCAACACUGGCCCCUGGGCCCAGCACGAGGACCGUAUCAGACGACGCCUCAACAACUACUGCCGCGGCAAUGCCUAUGUCAUCACGGGAGUUACCUCGGCCGGGAACAUGAUUCGGCGAGACAACCAGGACCGUGUGGGCAUCCCAGAGUACAUGUGGACGGCCUACUGCUGUCCAGACUACGACCACAAUGCCCCCUACCUAGAGCGCUACCGCUUUCCUGUGUUUGGGGCCUAUGGUCUGAAUAAUAGGGUCAACAAUGCUGUGGUGGAGGUGCCUAUCAAGACCCUAGAGACGUUUCUGAAGGGACGGAUGGACGUGGACAAGAACUACCAGAUCUUCUACAAUGACUGUGUGCCUGAUGACAUGUAG